AUGGCACCACAAACUAUAGCUAUGAUACCUACACCGAUAGCUGCUCCAUUAACCUUAUCAAGUCCUAUUGCUGCAGCACCAGCGCCAUUUAUGACUUCAGCACCACUACUGGCAUCAGCUCCUGCAGUGGCACCAGCUCAAGUGGUAGCAUCGGCUACCGCCAUGGCAACAGCUCCAGUAGUAGCUCCAGCUUCUGCAGUAGCCCCGGCAGGAGCUCCAGUACUGGUUCCAGCUCCUGUAGUAGCUCCAGCUCCCGUUGUAGAACCGGCACCAGCUUCAGUUUUGGCUCCAGCUACUGUAGUAGCCACACCCUUGACUUAUGCUACGUAUCCCUAUCACCAGCCCCGAGUUGAAGUCCGCAAUAAGAUAAGCACUCGCACAAAAGAAAAAGGACAAUUCUCUGGAACUGCUAUGAAGUCAGGCUUCCCAACACUUUUAGAUGAACCAGUUCAACGAAAAUUGUUUGAAGCUAAAAAGACUGCCAAAGCCGUGGAGAAAAGUAGAAACAUAGCUAUGUUAUGA